UGUGCAGUCCGGGACGUUACGGAGCAAAUUGCACUGAGCCAUGUGGGCAAUGCAGCGGUCAGAAAGUUUGCGACCCCUUCACCGGCAUCUGUCCGCAGGGAUGUUCCACUGGAUAUGUUCCUCCGCACUGCCACCAACCGAUGAGUCAUUUAAUUGGCGGCGUCAAUACAUCGGCUGUGACGGACUCUUCUUUCACCGGGCAUAUUUCCCUUGAUCCCAUGUUGAUGGCAGGCACAGGUUCUGUACACUUCUAUGAGCUUCAUUACAAGGAAGAGCAGAAAUUGGUGUGGACACCUGGAUGCCUUGGUCAGCUAAACGGAUCCGAAACUUACGACUGUUCCGUCGAUGGGCUCCGGCCAAACACGUCGUACCACGUCAGGGUGUUACUCCUAGAUACGAAGAUGGAGGGCUUCUCGAAUGUAGGGCACAUCUCUGUUCGGACGGAGGGUGAACGACAACUGAGCGAUGUUGUGGUUAGUGACAUCACAGCCACAAGUUUGCGCGUGUCGUGGACUUCGCCAGGCCCACCCAACGGUGAAUUCUUUGUCAUGUAUCAAUGCGAGGCGCUUUUGGGGUGCCCCAGCGAGUCCUGCGAGCACGCCAAGGGAACCUUGAUUGUGCGCAGCCAAACCGUGGUGCUCUUCGACCUUGUUCCUUUUGCUUCGUACCUCAUCAUGGUGUCAAGGGAUGGGGAGUCUGAGACGAUUGGUGCAACCACUUUGACUAAAGUUCCUGAUGCGGUGGUGUCCGACCUGCAAACUGCGCUCGUGACGAACGAAACGGCAGUCGUGCGAUGGCGGCCACCGCUCGUCUGCGCCCUUCUCAACGGGCCAGCGAACAACUUCCGGUGGCAACUCUUACCGGCUGUGCCACUUGGAGCACUGACACCAGUACCCGAACGAUCUGGAUCUACCAACAAUAUGGUAUUAAUGCUAAGAGACUUGGAAUCUCUUAAGGCAUAUGAACUGCGAGUCAGCAUCGUCAACGCUGUAGGUAACUCCAACAAGUGGGCCACUUUAUUAUUCAAUACAACUAACACAGUACCUGAUGCUCCUCGCGAGCUAGCCGUGUACCGCCUGAACGCGACCACCCUUUGGACGCACUGGAAAGUUCCAGCCAUACCCAGAGGUGUGAUUCGCCACUACGUUGUCACUGUGCUGGAUGCUCGGUCAGAGCGCAAAGACGUAGUUUCGCCUACUAGUGUGUGUCCUGCCUGGCCGGAUCUAGUCUGCCACCAAGUGGGUGGCUUGAAGCCUCACACUGAAUACAAUGUGGUUGUCCAAGCCGUCAACGAUCUGGGCGAUGGACUUGGUGCACCAUCAGCCGUGAAGAGAGCUACAGAAAUUGGAGUACCGCAAGCUCCGAAAAACCUGCUGCUUUUGGAGACACACCCGCGAUCUUUGGUCAUUCAGUGGCAGCUCCCCGACUUCAUUAACGCUGACCUGAGCCACUUCGAGGUGCUGGUGACCCCACUACGUGAUGAGGCGGGACGACCACGAAGGGAGGAGAUCGAGGUCACCGAAGAGAAGCCAGUGUACGUGCACACUAUCACCAAGCUGAAGCCGAACACAACUUACAAGAUUGCCGUGCGUUGUGGCUGGAAUGGACAAGAGGCGUACCUUCGUUCGACGAGCACUGCAGCCGAAUAAACGUCUGCAGUUUGUUGCCUUUCACGUCGUCAAAGAAGUUUGCUUAUCUGAGAAUUUUGAUGUCACAAUAAAGCGUUCCAGGUAGAACUCAA